UUCGUGUGUGUGUGUGUGUGUGUGUGUGUGUGUGUGUGUGAGAGAGAGAGAGAGAGAGAGAGAGAGAGAGAGAGAGAGAGAGAGAGAGAGAGAGAGUAGAGAUGUCUUGAGAUGUCUUGAUGGAUGGACCUGGUUGUCCAUUACGCAGAAGGAGUCUAAUUUUCGGACAUUAUUAGCUAUGGAUUGGACAAACUGAUGUUAAAGCUGACAACUCGACCGCGUAAUCAGAGAGUUUCUGUCACCAGGUAAACAGGGAGAAGAAUAUGGACGCCGAGAGUCUUAUUCAACACACUGAAUGAGAUAUGGAGGCCACUUCAUUCCCGUUAUCAGUCACCGCCGACUGGCUGGAGGACGGAAACGAGACGACCGGGAAUCAGUUCCAGCAGCCCGACUGGCAGGUGGCUCUGUGGGCUAUAGCCUACUCCCUCAUCAUCCUGGUGUCCAUCACUGGGAAUGUCACAGUGAUCUGGAUUAUUCUCGCUCACAGACGCAUGAGGACUGUAACCAACUACUUCAUCGUCAACCUGGCCUUCUCUGACGUUUCCAUGGCAACCUUCAACACUCUUUUUAACUUCGUCUAUGCGCUUCACAAUGACUGGUACUUUGGCCUGGGCUACUGCCGAUUUCAGAAUUUCUUCCCCAUCACGGCUAUGUUUUCAUCAAUAUACUCGAUGGCUGCCAUCGCAGUGGACAGAUGGCCAGGACAGAACCAGAGACAGAUAGAGAUCUUCAUCCUUAAUCAAAUGUACAUGGCCAUCAUCCACCCUCUGAAGCCCCGCCUCUCCUCCACCUCUACAAAGGUUGUGAUUGCCCUAAUUUGGAUUGUAGCAAUCUCACUGGCUUUCCCUCAGUGCUACUACAGCGUGACGAAAUUUUAUUACCCCAGAACCGUGUGCAUGGUCGACUGGCCUGAUGAUUAUGGAGGAACACAUCAACUAAGUUACCAGUUUGCAGUGAUAUUGCUGAUCUACUUGCUCCCUCUGCUGGUGAUGCUGGUGACCUACAGUUUAGUUGGCCAAACGCUGUGGGGUGGGCACAUCCCUGGAGAGGCGACAGAACAUUACCACAGCCAGAUAACAGCCAAGAGAAAGGUGGUGAAGAUGAUGGUUGUCGUGGUGGUGACCUUUGCCCUGUGCUGGUUGCCAUACCACAUCUACUUCAUAUUGGGAUCGUUUAACAGAGACAUUUAUAAACAACAUUACAUUCAACAGGUGUAUCUGGCCAUAUUCUGGUUGGCAAUGAGUUCGACCAUGUACAAUCCUAUCAUUUACUGCUGUCUAAACCAAAGGUUUCGUGCUGGUUUCCGUCAUGCGUUUGCUUGGUGUCCCCUCGUCAAAGUGUCGGAGGAGGACAAGAUGGAACUGCAGCACACACGCACCUUCAGAGUCACCAUGACACGCAGCCACCGCCAUGACAGCACAUACGCCCACACCUCCAUCAAAACAAACAACACCUUCGACACAAACAUGGCUGUCAGCACUGAGCUAAACAAAGAGAUAGAUGUCUGCAUGCAGCUUAAAAAACAGACAUCAUCAAAAACAUACAGCACACACUACACACAUGUGGCAAAGAGGUCAGAUGAUACAAAAUCCCCAGUUGCUAAACUUAUGCAGCACACCCACUGACUACUGAAACAAAUCAUGAUGAGGACAUUCUCAAUGGGAAAGCAACAGGGUUUCUCUAUAGUCGCAACAGAGCUGAUAAUAAAAAGACUGGAGCCAUUAAAGACAGAGGAGAACCUGCCGAUUGUCAACCAGAGUUGAGCAAACUAUCCACGUGGGAAACCUUGAAGAAAAGAGUUGUUCAUUGGACUUCAGACCAUCAACCUCUUUUGUUGAAGAGUUAAUUAUGAAUGAAUUUGACUAUCAAGCUGAUGGAUGUUUUGCUGUUAAUGCCAAAGUGGUCACGUGAGCAGUGAAAAUAUGGAAGAGAAACUACACCUGCGUAUUGGACCACAAACAUUGUUAGUGUUUGCUGUUAGUGGGAAAGUCUGAAGAUAAAUCCAUUCAUCAUUCAUUUAUUGUACUGAGGCCCAUUCUGUUACAUGCCUUCUUCCACGACACUAUUUUCUUCUACUCCUUUGGAUAUUAGCUGUGAACUGUGGAUAUUUGUGUGACUGUAGAGGUGUUAUCUGUGGUUUCUGGUUUUCAAGAGCAUAGAAUGGAUGAACAGUCCACUGGCAUCAGCACCAAGCCUUAAUAUUGUUGUUUUUGUGUGUUUUAUUAUUCUUACUGCUUUACUGAUUAUUUUAAAAAAGGGGGAUAUUUUCUAUUUAAUUUCUUUUCUUCACCAAGCAUAGCACACAUAGUGAUAAUUAAAGUAAUUCAUUGGUAAAAAGUCUUUUCAGCCAUGCAGGCAUUUAAAAAAAAAGUUGGCCAUAUUGAUGACCUUAUAAUAAAAAACUGUCAUGAAGGCGACGUGUAAUGUAGUUAAGAGAAGAUCUGUGGUAUAAUUUCAGCAGUUAAGGGAUUUUUUCCCAAUUACAAUUCCCAAUUCAGCUUCAGUCAUACAGCUCAAGCAUCUCAUGUUAGAUGAUUUGGCAGAAUAAUAAGUUAAAUUCCAACUUGCUGCACAUAUUAUAUUUAACAGACACAGAAUUAGCUAUUUAUGCUAUAACACAGGAUGUAACACACUCAUGACUGCGUAACUUUAUGUGGAGCAGCAGGUCCAAUAUGGACUGACUGGUGUAAGAAUAUACUGAAAACACGAUAGAAUAUCCUGUGUAAAAGCAUAAUCACCAGUUAUAAACAAAUAUAGACAUCUCCUGUUUCUAACAUAAAUACAACAUCAACACUGACUUUAACUGAUACAUUUUAAAAGGAAAAUAAGCCUUGAAUGUGCUUCAUUUCACAGAAUUAGGUGGAUCUCCCUCAUUAUUAGUUAUAUGGUCAGCAUGUAUCUGUUACAUUGCAGUACUAUUCGUUUAACAUAUCAGCCAGAUAGUGUGCAUUCAUAUGCAUGCACAUGGUCAGUGUGCAGUAGAGUUCAGAUUAAAAAGUGCUGCUACUUUGAAUAAUCUGAUGUAAAAUGUAACAUUGUCAACUAUUUCGUAUAUUUAUGUAAAAUAUGCUGAUGAAGUGGAAAUGUAAAUCUGGGACUUGUGUGAUGGUUGCACACUUACAGUUGGGUCAUGAUGUUAAUACUGUAACCUGGUAGUGUUAACAUUUCAAAAUGUAGAGAAAAUCUUUUGACACCUUGUAACAACUUUUAAACUGACUUUUAAAAUGCACACAGUGACAUAGUGAAACAUCUGUAUUUGUUGUCUACACAAAACAGCAGGUUAGUUGUUUGUGGCCUAAAUAAAAGUCAAUAAUAUAUUUUAAUAAAUGUGACAGUAUAUGUA